UUCUUUUCUUCUUCCUGUAGGUACAGCUCCAGGCAGGACCCAUCUCUAUCACCCACCCUCUUCAGGCUUCCACAGAGGGUUUUUGAUGAGCUCGGUCCUUUUCUGCCAGCAACUCCUGGGCAUGAGAGAUGGCUCUAGUCACGUGGGGACUGAGAAGACGGACCUUCCACCCACUGAGUAGAGUGUUGCUGCUGAAACUCACAGUUGUUGUCAUCUCUGUGCUUCUGUUUUGUGAAUAUUUCAUCUACUACCUCGUCAUCUUCCAGUGCCGUUGGCCUGAGGUGAAGACGCUAGCCCAUGGCGGUAGGCAGAAGCCUGUGCUGAAAGCUAUGUUUCUUGCUGACACUCACUUGCUUGGGGAGAUAAGAGGCCACUGGCUGGACAAAUUACGGAGGGAGUGGCAAAUGGAGAGAGCCUUUCAGACAGCUCUGUGGUUGCUGCAACCGGAAGUCAUCUUCAUUUUGGGGGACAUCUUUGAUGAAGGGAAGUGGAGCACCGCCCAGGCCUGGGCAGAUGACGUGCAGCGGUUUCAGAAGAUGUUCAGGCAUGGCAGCCAUGUGCAGCUGAAGGUGGUCAUUGGCAAUCAUGACAUUGGUUUCCACUAUCAGAUGAGUAAAUACAGAAUAAAACGAUUUGAGAAAGUGUUCGGCUCGGAGAGGCUGUUCUCUUGGAAGGGAGUUAAUUUUGUGAUGGUCAACAGCGUGGCAAUGGAAGGGGAUGGUUGCAGCAUCUGCUCUGAAGCGGAAGCUGAACUCAGAGAGAUUUCUCGUAAACUGAAUUGCUCCCGAGAGCAGGCGCAGGGAUCCAGCCAGUGUGAAGGUGAGCGGUGGCUCCCCUUUUCCGCCCCUGUGCUGCUGCAGCACUACCCGCUCUAUCGGGCCAGCGAUGCUAAUUGUUCUGGUGAGGAUGCAGUUCCUCCAGAGGAAAGGAAUGUCCCCUUCAAGGAGAAAUACGAUGUCCUUUCCCGGGAGGCUUCACAAAAGCUGCUGUGGUGGCUCCAGCCUCGCCUGGUUCUGAGCGGCCACACACACAGUGCCUGUGAGGUGCUCCAUCCUGGAGGAGUGCCUGAGGUGAGCGUCCCAUCCUUCAGUUGGAGGAACAGAAACAACCCCAGCUUCAUCAUGGGCAGUCUAACAUCCAAGGACUACGCUAUCUCCAAGUGCUACCUCCCAUUUGAGGACAGGGUGCUGGCUAUAUACGGUGCAGCAGCUGGCUUCCUUGUGUUCCUCAUCUUGGCUCACUUGGAUCGUUUUUCCUCAUCCUUUCUGUUUGGUUGGAAACUGUGCAGAAUGCACAAGAGAAGAUGAAGAGCCUGUGAUUGUUACAUGUGGUAAUAUAAAUCAAAGCCAAAGACAUAGGACUUCCGGUGGGGCUCACAUGAGCCACAGAGGAGAGCCAAGGUUGGUUGUCCUUAUGUAUGUACAUCAUGGGAAUUCUGAAUCAUCAAUGCCAGUGACUGCAGAAUAAACAGUUGCCUGUACUGUCCUCAUGCUAUAAAAAAUGGAAUGUGUACAACAAAUUGGUCUUUUUAUCAAAUAUAUGUAUACUCAAAGGUU